AAAACACAGAAUCUUUCUUCUGUGUCUUCUGUUUUUGUCUCGACACACCAUAACCGUCCGAUCUCAUCGACUAAGAACGCUUCUUUAGCUUAACACCUUCAAAAACAAUAUACCAAGGCCCAUACACUUACCAAAUCGGGCCAAUCCUGCCGAUUUGGGUCGACUACAGACUCAAUCAAGGAAUCAACCACGUCACCAAAAACUACAAUCCCUAGGAGUAGGAUUGCUGGACUCGAACCACCUAAGCACCAUGGAAUAGUCAACCAUACUCUGGCGACCGAAUCUCUAAUUUUGUCGAUGGCGUUGGAGGAAGUGAGAGGUAGGAUAGGCCGGUCCUUUGAAGAGAUGCGUAAAACAAGCAACAUGGAUUGGAUGAGAUUGAAGAGUUGUUUGGACGAGAUCACAUGCGCUUUGCUUGACGCCGAUUUUCCUAGAUUGGCCGUGGAUGAGAUUGAGAGGAAUAGUCAGGAAAUUAUCAAUCUCCCUAAGGCGUCCAAGAGGAAGGGCAAACUAAUCUACGAGGUGAUGUUAGCUAAGCUCUCUAGUAAGCUAGAUCCGGGAAAAUCUGCACUCAUCCGGGGAAAGCAUGAACCUAGCAUAGUCAUGUUCAUCGGAUUACGAGGUGUUGACAAGACCAAAACGUGUGCCAUGUAUGCUCGUUACCACCGGAAGAAGGGAUUCAGACCAGCUUUAGUGUGUGCUGAUACUUUCAGAAUCGAUGCUUUUGUCCGGCUCAACAAGGCUGCGAAAGAUGAGGUUCCAGUUUACGGAAGUUACACGACAGAUCCUGGAACACUUGCCGCUGAAGGAAUCGCAAAGUUCAAGAAUGACAAGCGUGACCUUAUAAUUGUAGACACCAGUGACCGGCAUAAACAGUAUUCCACAUUGUUUGAAGAGAUGCGCCUACUAGCCGAAUCAAUGAAUCCAGCUCGUGUUGUAUAUGUCAUGGAUAGCAGUAUUGGUCAAGCUGCAUUUGAUCAAGCUCAAGCAUUCAAGCAAUGUUUCCCUCGUGGAGUUGCCAUUAUUACUAAUAUACACGGCAACGCUAAAGCCUGUGGUGCUAUCAGCGCUGUUGCAGCAGCAAAGUGUCCCAUGAUAUUAGCUGAAACGGGAGAGAAGAGAGAGGAUUUUGAAGCAUUUGAAGCUGAAGCUUUUGUCAGGAGUCUCUUGAAAAAUCCAUGGGAUAAGCCCUAUGAAUAUACUUUGAGACUAAUGUAUCAUUGUUAUAGGCGAGAAUUAGGAUUGGAGAAAAAUUUGCUUUCCCACCUUGGUCCUUCUAGGUGUUCGAAGCUAAACCAGAGAAGUAUAGGCGGUGCACGACAAUAAUGGAGUCCAUGACAGAUGAAGAGCUUGAUAACCCAAACGUAACGCAAAUGAGCGAGGAACGGAUGAUGGAGAUAGCUGAAGCAUCAAAAGUAGAUGUGAAACAAGUUGUGCAAAUGAUGAUAACGUUCAAGAUCAAGGCCAAGGGGGUUAUGGAGCUUGAGGAGAGGAGUCGCAAUGAAUCUGAUAGACCGCCCAAAUUAAAUUGCGCUUUUCCAACGUCUGAGCUUACAAAUUAUGCAUAAUAUGCUUUUUGAUUAUUUGUUUGGAUUCGUUACUAAGUAUUUAUAUCAGAUACGUAUGUGUAAAAAACAAAUAAAUUUGUAUAACUAUAUGUGGUAAUUUGGGUUGUAUGGAUAAUGACCGGAAGACCAGUUUUUUGUACGGUCGGAUAUUUUUCAA